UGGAAUGUUGUGGGAGACUGUGAAAGAUAAAUCCUCAGACGACUUGAAGAAAUGUUCAUUGGACUUUCCAAAUGAACACAUGAAGAUCUUCAAUGACCCCAUUCACGGACACAUUGAGCUGCACCCCCUGCUGGUGAAGAUCAUUGACACUCCUCAGUUUCAGAGACUGAGACACAUCAAACAGCUGGGAGGGAAAUACCUGGUCUAUCCUGGUGCUUCUCACAAUCGCUUUGAACACUCUCUUGGUGUGGCGUAUUUAGCAGGACGUCUAGUCAAAAUUCUUCAUGACAAUCAGCCAGAACUCAAAAUUACCAAACAGGAUUUCCUGUGUGUUCAGAUCGCCGGUCUGUGUCACGACUUGGGUCAUGGCCCAUUUUCUCAUCUUUUUGAUGGUAUGUUUAUCCCUGAAGCCAUAAAAGAAAAACAACUAAGAGGCUUGUCUGAUGACAUCCCCCAAAACUGGAAGCAUGAACAGAUGUCAGUUAAAAUGUUCAAACACAUUGUGGAAACACUGAAGAAAAAGAAUAAAGACGUGUUGAAAGAACAUGGGCUAAAUGAUAAAGAUGUCCUAUUCAUUGAAGAGUUAAUCGAAGGAGCUUCGACUAAGGGUAGAGGUGAAGACAAAUCCUUCCUGUAUGAGAUUGUGGCAAAUAAACUGAACGGCAUUGAUGUGGACAAAUGGGACUAUUUUGCACGAGACUGUCAUCACCUGGGCAUUCAAAACAGCUUUGACCAUCUACGUCUGAUGAAGUUUGCUCGAGUCUGUAAAGUGAAAGACAAAAUGAAUGAUAACUGCUGGAGAUAUCACAUCUGCUUCAGAGACAAGGAGGCUGAUAAUAUUAAUGAGAUGUUUCGCACUCGAUACACUCUCCAUCGCCAGGCCUACCAGCACAAGAUUGGCAACAUCAUCGAAAUCCAAUUUUCAAAAGCCCUCAUAGAAGCUGAUCGUGACCUUCAUAAAGACAAACCAGAGGAUAUGUUCACAAUUUCUGCAGCCAUAAAAAAUGUUGCUGAAUACACCAAGCUCACAGAUGGGAUCUUCGAGCAGAUCUUGUCCUCCAGUUCUCCUUACCUGAAGAACGCUCAAAACACAUUAAAUAGGAUUUUUUUAAGUAGAGAACUGCCAAAGUUUGUGGGAGAAGCUCGGAUAAUGGAAGAAAACAAAUACAAGAUAACUCUUCGCCAAAGAAGCAGCAAAACAAAAAUGCUGGAAAAGCUGAACAAAACAUGGAAAGAGGCAGUGGAGAAGUACAACGGUACUAACCCUGCUGUUCCUCUGAAUGCUGACCAUUUCUCAAUUUAUGUGGUUGAUCUAGAUCAUGGGAUGAAGGGCAAAAAAACAUUUAGCAACAUUUAUUUCUACAGCAAAAGGGACAACAAAAAUGCCUCAUGUAUUGAAGAUUAUCAGGUGUCCAGUUUGCUGCCAGAUAACUUCAGUGAAGAGCUUGUUAGGGUGUACUGUGACACCACUGAUGGGAAAGUUGUGGAGGAGGCUGAGAAGUGCUUUAAGGAGUGGUGCAAAUCAAACUUUGGGCUCACUUGCAAUAUCAUUUUCUAUGAAGACAAGUUCUUCCAGGGCAAUCACUACAAGUGUAGUUGUGACCAUCCUAAUUUGAAUGUGUCCCAACUGAAGUGC